AUGCAGGAGAGAGCUCAGGAAAAAGCUCAGGUUCGACAUAUCUUAUGUGAAAAACAAUCAAAGGCACUUGAAGCAUUAGAAAAGUUAAAUUCGGGGAUGAAAUUUGAUGAAGUGGCUCGAACAUAUUCUGAAGAUAAGGCUCGACAUGGGGGCGAUUUGGGUUGGAUGAAUAGAGGCAGUAUGGUGGGAGAAUUUCAGGAUGCUGCAUUUGCAUUGCCUGUUUCUUCCAUAUUUUUAACAAAUCUAUUAAGCAAUACAAAUGAUCCUUCGAAGAAUCAAUCAACGACAAUUAAACAUAGUAAAAUGCGUGAGGAAUUCGUUAUGAUUGAUGGUAAAUCAGUUAGGAAAAUUGACUGGCAUGAUUAUAAUCAAAUAGCAGAAGACAAUGCACGAACAGGUCUUGGAGAACAGGGACAACCAGUCGAACCAUCAAUGCAAGAGCGAAGUAGUCAUGAAUUUUCUAAAUUAUAUCGGGAGAACGGUUUUAACGCUUAUGUUUCUGACAACAUUUCUAUCCAUCGAUCUGUUAAAGAUAUUCGUCAUCCAGAUUGUAAGAAGAAACUGUAUGCCGAAAAUCUUCCAAUCGUUAGUAUUAUUAUUCCGUUUCAUGAUGAACAUUGGUCAUCACUUAUAAGAUCCAUACACAGCAUAUUAAAUCGUACACCAGCAAUACUUUUAAAAGAAAUUAUACUUGUUGAUGACGCAAGCACAAAAGAUUUUUUAAAGGAGAAGCUUGACGACUACGUAGCAAAGUUAAAAAAAACACGUAUUAUACGUUUAAAAAAAAGAGAAGGAUUGAUUCGAACGAGAAUGGCCGGUGCUAGAGAGGCAACAGCCGAGAUAUUAAUUUUUUUUGACUCUCAUAUUGAAGUUAAUUAUAAUUGGCUUCCACCAUUAAUAGAACCGAUCUCUUUUGAUUAUAGAAUAGCAGUAUGUCCGUUCAUUGACAUUAUUAAAUGGGAUAAUUUUGCCUAUAUUGAUGUGUGGGGUGGAGAACAGUAUGAAUCAAGUUUCAAGAUUUGGCAGUGUGGAGGACAAUUAAAAGAUACGCCUUGUUCUCGUGUUGGCCAUAUUUAUCGAAAGUUUAAUCCAUUCGGUGGUUUUUCAUUUGGUGACUACAUGACCAGAAACCAUAAAAGAGUGGCCGAAGUAUGGAUGGACGAAUAUAAAGAAUUUAUUUACAAACGUUCACCACAUUAUAGAAAAACAGAUGCUGGAAAUUUAACAAAACAACUGGAAAUUCGUAAAAAACUCAAUUGUAAAUCUUUUAAAUGGUUUAUGGAAAAUGUCGCGUUCGAUCUACCGAAAUAUUAUCCUCCUAUCCCGUUACCGCCGUAUGCUUCCGGAGAAAUUCGUAGUAUGACUGCCCCAUUAUGCGUAGAUACGAAACAUGGCAGUGAACAUGCCUCAUUUGGUCUUGAUCAAUGCUUGUCCGAUCAUAAGGGAAUUGGUGGAGAACAAGAAUUUGAAAUUUCAUGGAGACAAGAUAUCCGUCCAAAGAAUCGAGAAAUGUGUUUUGAUGUACCAAAAAAUGGUAAACGUGCUCCAGUUGUCUUAUUUUCAUGCCAUGGUUUUAAAGGAAAUCAACAUUUUAUGUAUAAUAUCGUAAGAUUUGCAUUUAUAUAG